AUGAAGAAGCUAAAACCCCUGCCCCAAGCUCUCUCCUUCUCUCAAUUCAAAACCCUAAUCUCUCAAAAAGAUUACCCACAAGCUCUCAAAUUCUCACUCACUCUGCCAUCACCUCUCCUCACUGACCAAACCUACUCUCUCUUCAUCAAAUCAGGUCACAUUCUUGGCCCUUACUUAUCCACAACUCUCAUUUCUCACUUCUCAAAACUUGAAAACAACAACAACAACAAUAUCUCUCGCUCUCUUUCUUUCUUUUUAGACACACAAAAUCCUGAUAUCAUCACUUACAAUGCAAUCAUUUCUGGGUUUGCAAGGGCUAAUUAUUCUAGAACUGUUUUGGGGCUUUUUAAUCAGUUAAGACAUGUGGGAUUGGUGCCUGAUGUGUUUACUUUGAGUUCUUUAGUUAAAGGGUGUCUGAGUUUGAGAGAGAAUUUUGUUUCUCAUGCGGUUUGUUUAAGGCUUGGGUUUGGGUCUAAAAGUUUUGUAGUUAGUGGGUUAAUUGAGAAUUAUUCAAAAAAUGGGGAUUUGGGGUCAGCUGAGAGGUGUUUUAAGGAGUGUUUGGACUUGGAUAAUGUGGUUUGUACUGUUAUGGUUAAUGGGUAUGUCUGGAAUGAGGAGUUUGAGAAGGGCAAACAGGUUUUUGUUGAAAUGAGAGGGUCGGGUUUGGAGUUAAAUGCAUUUAGCUUAACUGGUGUGAUUGGGGCUCUCUUUGAUGUAAGAGAAGGGGAGCAAAUUCAUGGUUUUGGUGUAAAGAUGGGAUUUUUAUGUGGUUCUUCAAUGUAUUUUAGCAAUGCUGUUAUGAGUAUGUACGCUAGGUGUGGAAGUGAGGUUGAUGCGAUUAAGGUGUUUGAUGAAAUUGCUGAACCAGAUAUUGUUUCUUGGACUGAGAGGAUAGGAACUGCUUCUGAUGGUGAUGAAGCUUUGGAAUUGUUUAGAAUUUUUCUUUCCUUAGGUUUGGAUGUGAAUGAGUAUACAUUGAUUAAUGUUUUGUCAAUGAUUGGAGGAGUGAAGUUUUUGAAUGCAGGGAAACAAAUUCAAGCAUUUUGUCAUAAGACAGGGUAUUUCCAGGUGGUGGCUGUCGGUAAUGCGUUGGUGUCAUUGUAUGGGAAGUGUGGGCAAAUUUGUGAUGCUUGGCGUGUUUUUUAUAACAUGAUUUUUCGAGAUUCUGUUUCUUGGAAUUCCCUGAUUUCUGCGUGUUCUGAGAAUGGAUUUGUUAAUCAAGCUCUAGAGGCGUUCUAUCAGAUGCGUGAGCUGUCACUGCAGCCUACUAUACAUACUCUGGCUAGCAUUCUUGAUGCAGUAUCCAACUCGAACUAUACAAAGCUGGUGAUACAAAUCCAUUCACUUGUUAUUAAAUGUGGAUUCAUGUUGGAUGUUUCUAUGCUUUCUUGCUUGAUAACAGCAUAUGGGAGAUGCAACAGUAUGGAUGAAUCAAAAAAGGUGUUUGCUGAGAUUGAUAAGGUAAACUUGGUUCAUCUGAAUACAAUGAUAACUACUUUGGUCCAUGCUGGCUGUUAUCCUGAUGCUUUGGCAUUGUUUCAAACCACAUGGAGCUCAUACCAUAAAGUGGACAGUAGAACUUUCAGCGUUAUCCUUAAAGCUUGUAGUGCUAUAACAGAUAUGCAACUGGGAAGAGCAGUUCAUUCCCUAAUAUUAAAAACUGGAUUUGAUCAAGAUAGCUUUGUUGAAAGUUCUGUUAUUGACAUUUAUUGCAAGUGUGGAAGCAUAGGACAAGCAGAGAAAGUGUUCAGGAGUUCAUCUAAGAACAAUUUGGCUGCUUGGAAUGCCAUGAUGAUGGGAUAUGCCCAGCAUGGUUGUUAUCAAGUAGUCUUUGAUCUCUUUAACGAGAUGUCUCAAUUUGGAAUAGAACCUGAUGAGAUAACUUAUCUUGGUGUUCUUAGUUCAUGCUGCCAUGGAGGGCUCGUGAAACAAGCACGAUACUACUUAGACUCUAUGUUUGAACUUCAUGGAAUUUUUCCACAUUUAGAACAUUAUGCCUGCAUGAUUGAUCUGCUCGGUCGAGUUGGACUCCUGGAAGAUGCAAAGAAAACUAUAGAUCGCAUGCCUCUUGAACCUGAUGUCCAUAUAUGGCAGUGUCUUUUAUCUGCCUGCAACAUCCAUGGACAUGUUGAGCUGGGAAGAGUUGCAGCAAGCAAAGUUCUUGAGAUGCAUCCUGAAAACAAUUCUGCUUAUAUUCUUCUAUCAAAUCUUUAUGCUUCUGUUGGUAUGUGGAAUGCUGUUGGAAGAUUAAGAAAAGAAAUGAAAGAAAAAAUUCCCCACAAGGAACCUGGUUCUAGUUGGAUUCAAGUAAGUAGAUUAAUUCAUAAAUUUUUUGUUAAUGAUACUUCACAUCCUCAAAGUAAAGAAAUAAAUGAGGAGUUAAUAAGACUGUAUGAACAUAUGAUAGCGUCCCCAGAAUUGGAACAAGAUGGUGUUUCUCUAUGGAUCUAUGGACCGUGA